UUGCUAUCUAUACAAGCAAAAUGCCUACUCUUGACGAAGUAAAAGCUGAACUAAAAGCUGAAUUCGAAGCGAAGCUCCUAGAGCAAAAGCAGAUGUAUUCAGAGCUUGAGGCGCGCACUAAAGAGAUCGCAAAAGCUAAUAACGCGGUGCGCCGCACCGAGGUCGUCAAGCAGGCCGACUCCCGGGCGACCACGGUCCUGUCUCGCAGCGCUCUGUCUCAGCAGCAGCGCCACAGCCACCUGGACUGGAUCUAUGACAACAUCCACGUGCAGCUGGGCAAGUACAUCCUGAUCGCGGGAGCCCUGCUGCGCGAUGGCCGCGCGAAUAAGGAUUGGGAGGCGAUAGACGAGGCGCUGGCGCAGCUGGCGUACGCGGAGCGUUUCAUUCAGGCCAGCGUCGCAGCGCUGGAGGACGCCUCCGGCUGCAAGCAGCUGCAGACCGAGGUGUACCAGCAGCACCUGUGGCAGCUGCGCGGCCAGAUCGGCGAGGCGCCCGCCGACCUCAACACGACCUCAAAGCUGCACAUCGUCGACGAGGACCGGUCGAAGGCGGUGCGCAAGGCCAUUGAGAAGCGCAAAGGGGUGCACCCGGAGACGGAGCUAGGCGUCUCGGCCAAAAGCGGCGAGGGCAGCUCCAGUGCCAAGCGCCAGCGCGGUGGCAGCACGGGAGGCCGCGGCCGCAGCAGCUUCCAGCAGUACCACAACCAGCACCGGCCGUUCCAGGACUACGACCCCAACUACGGGGGCUCGGGGCUCAGCGGGGGCCGCGGGGGACACGGCGCCAGCGGCAGCAGCGGCCGCGGCGGGGGUCACUCGGGUGGGGGCCACCCGGGUGGUCCCAACGGGGGCCGCGGCCAGGGCUGGUACUCCUAGAACCGAGCGCUGAGCGCAAGCGGUUAAGUAUAAGAGCAUAUGACUGAGUCUAUGCCGGGAUAAUAUAAGGCGAACUGAGUUCGACCUGAUGGGCCAGUGCGCAACUGAGUUGCGGCACGUCGGAAGCAUUGAAGCUGGGGAGCGUUGGGCUGAGCCCACGCGAUUUUAAGGCGAACUGAGUUCGACCUCGGGGGUGCGCAGCUGAGCUGUGACACGUUGACAGAGCACAUGUGAACUGAGUUCACAUUCUUGGGAGCGUUAGACUGAGUCUACGCAACGUAAUAGAGCCGAAUUUGGCCGUCAGAUUGAGGCACAGCUGAGCUGUGACACGUUGAUAGGGCACAAGUGAACUGAGUUCACAAGCGCUAGUGUUGCCCGGCUCAGACUUCUCCCAGCGCAAACUUAACUUAAUGACUGCCGAAUGAUUAGCAGCUGAGCUGCAAAUUCGUGUAACGGACCGCAAUCGCGAGCCGAGCUUACAAGCAGCGGUCGGGAGGUAGAAGAAUUAGAUGUUGAACACAGCUUAUACAGCUCGCUUGGUAUCUAGAUAUACACCAGACUAUACGCUGUAUUAAUCCAGUAAGGUAAUACAAGCUAAUAUGGCAGGAAUACCAUAUUUGUCUUUCGCCCAAGAAGAGCAGCCAGCCCCGGCUCUCUCGGCUGCCCCGAGGCCGGCCAGCAUUCCUAUCACUAGUUCUAUUCGUUUGGGGGCUGGGGUGGCUGGGCCGACUUGGGGCCACGAGUGAUGGCCGCCGGCAAGUGGCCAAUGGACACGCGUAGCCUAUCAUCAGGAGACCUGGAACUGCAAGCCGUACGGUUGGUCCUGGAAAGUUUGAAUCUAUACGGGCGACUAGCACACCAGCGUAUAUUGCUGCACACGGAUAGCACCGUCGCGGCAGCCGCCAUUACGAAAGGCGGCUCGAUGUCACAGCCCAUUCAGGCCGCCCUGUAUGAAUUAUUCUGGUUCUGCAUGCGCUGGCAUAUCACAUUGGUGCCAGCUUGGAUUCCAAGGGAAGAGAAUACGUUGGCCGAUGCAUUGUCAAAGCGAGGGGGCGAGGCUUGCGACUGGCAGCUACACCCGCGCAUAUUUAAUGACAUUAGGGAUGCGUGGGGCCCAUUCACGGUUGAUCUGUUCGCUUCUGAUACAAACCGGCAAUUUGAGCCAUACUACACGCAAUACCACACGCCGUACACACACGGAGUUAACGCGUUCGCACAAGCCUGGCCGGGCACUAGCUGGUGCAACCCGCCGUUUGCAGUGAUGGGCCGGGCGCUGCGGCAUGCUGCGAUGUGCAGGGCUCGCAUAGCUCUGAUCGCGCCCUUCUGGCCUGGGGCACCGUGGUGGCACGAAAUAAUAGAGAAUGAUUACAUUUUUAAGCCGUGCGUGUGGGCUUGUGUGGCAUUACCGCAAGUGCCGUGGCUAUUCUUGGAUGGGCAUGGUGUUGGCCGCCGCCCGGCCUGGCACUCACUGGCACUCCUGCUUGAUUUCGCCUCACCGAAUCCUGGCUUUGUGCGGAUCCCGGCCCUGUAACACAGAUGAUGU